CGCUCCAACCACGCUUUCAUAGUAUUCAGUGUAGCUGCUGGUUCCAAAUCUGUCUGGAAAGAAAAUAUUCAGCUCCCCUUUCAAGCAAUGGAGGAUAUAUAUGUUAAUGUUCAAGGUGUCAAACCUGUUCCUCAAAUUUCCGCACCAAAUUACCCAGGUUCAAGCAGGUCUGAGAAGAGGCUCUAUUUAGGUAUUAUUAUUGCUUUUGGGCUCCUCAAUGUUUCCCUCCUGGCUGGACUGGUCGUCCUUGGUGUCUACUAUCAUAACGCAGGUGAUAUUGCCAGCAGCAAUCUGGCUGAAUGUCAACAGGAUGGAAAUAACAAGAUUUCCAUCCUAAUUGAGGAACGAGACCUGCUGAAUGCCAACCUCACUGCAGUUACUCAAGAGCUGAUGAAGCUUCGAGAAUCAACUUGUCCUACAGGAUGGAUAACGUCCAGCGUUUCCUGUUACUAUUUCUCUAACGAAGCUGGUUCCUGGGAUGAAGGCAGGAGGGACUGCAUUGACAGAGGAGCUGAUCUGCUAGUGAUGAACAAUGCUGAGGAGAAGAUAUUCCUUGCUGCUCUCAUAAAGAAGGAAGCUUGGAUUGGUUUAAAUGAUAAAGAAACUGAGGGUUCCUGGAAAUGGGUUGAUGGAAACUCCCCGGAGUUCAAGAACUGGCACGACUUUCAGCCUGAUAAUGGUGGGACAAGCGGAAGAUGGGGAGAGGAGGACUGUGUACAUGUCAAUAACUACGGCAAAGCGUCUUGGAAUGACCUUUCAUGUGAUGGGGCUAAACACUGGAUCUGUGAAAAAGUGCUGAAAUUGUCUGUUUGAAAAAAAAGGUCUCUAAAUAUAAUGGUUUUGAUUUUAUUCUUGAAUUUUAGGCAUUCCAUCUCUAAAAACAAAGCUUUUAUAAAGCGCUUUAAUAGUCCUGCUUCUAGUCACAAUGAAUUUAAAUAUUACAAUAAACUCUAUUUUCUGCUUUC